GUCGUUCUAUGGCGGCAUCAAUUUAUUAUUUUGAAAUCACCUGUGCCCAUCGCAAUCAGUCGAUAAGGCAUUUAUAGUGAAUCAAAGUAGUGAAUAAAACGCAUAUUUUUAACCUUUCCCGCUUCUUUAUUUUUGCGUUAUAUUUUGAUCAUUUUCUACCCAAGUGAGAAUAAGUUGUGUUCUAAAAUAACUAAAUCUCACUUCAAUCAAUAUGGCGCAUGUUGAUAUGACAAAUUGACAGCUGUGUAUUGUGCUCGUAACGAAAAUUUGUGAUGUUUAUUUCUCGCAUCCAGACUGAAAACAAGCAUACACAAUGACGAGACCGUUCGGUAACAGUGACAAACGUUUUUCAAUCGACGACGCGUUCGAGGAGGAGACCGACGAGGCGAUAAAAGUUUACGGCGCAACUGGGGACAGAUCACCUUUACAGAACAAAAUUAGGAAUGGAGGCGAUUAUUUGUCCAGCAAAACCUACAAAUGCACAGAAGACACGACCUCCAGAGACUCAGACUCACUCAUACAUGAAUAUGUCGAAUCGACGCAGUCCAUGUACUGCUGGAAUCAUCCCAAAGUGAGGGAGAACUGGAAGACGGUGUGCGCUGCCGUGGUGCUGCUGAUUGUUGGCGUGGGACUCCUCGGUAUGGGGGCUUUUGCAGUGGCCGAGCCAGAGAAUGGACUCCAAGGGGCUGUAUUCUUCGUAGCCGGCAUGAUAUGCUUCGUACCUGGCGCGUAUCACGUCGUGUACAUCUGGCUGGCCGCCAGGGGACAACGAGGCUACGACUUCUAUCACCUGCCGUUAUUCACUUGAUUCAUUUUGAGUGCUCUUUUGUGUAAAAUGGAUUCGAAGUGUGCGUAAACGAGUGGUUGUGUCGAUAAGUUUAUUUGCUCUCUAUACGCGAAAAUUUUAUGUGACGCGAUGGUCUGUGAUGCGAGUGUGCUGGUAGAUGACAACUGUAUUUUUUUCUCACAACUUAAUUAAUAAAACUGGUAAGUCAAAAGUGAUGAUAUUAUACAGAAUGUUGUCUCAUUGUACGUCGUUAAAUUAAUUUCAACAUUAGUUAUCUUUUCAGGGUAUCUAAAAUUUGAUCCAUUAUCGAAAUAUGUUAAAUUCGUUAUGGUAGCUGGCAGCUGCUAUUUUGAUGGCUUUACCAAUCUACUAAGUUGAACGGAUGGUCUCUCCGAAUCCCUUAGUCAUCUUCUUAUUGGACUCGAGAGGUCACAGUUCAAAAGCUAUAAAAUUAUCCGCCUAGAUGCGUCAUUUCUUUUUAUUUUUUUAAAAUUAAUGGUGCUUCAGUUAACUGUCUAUUACUGGAUGAAAAGAUUAGUAGUAAACACAACUUACUAAGAAUGCACCCAAUUUACUUCAAAGCCAAUUUGACUUCUUACAAAAAUUUGCAAAUUUGUCCCUUGUAUAUAGAUAUGGUUGCAAUUUAUAUGAAUGCGUCAAAGUAUUGCAAUUGACUGCGUAAUCGGUUGUUAUCUAUCAGCUGUGUAAAAUAAUUAUUGUAAGUAAUAAAGCGAACGAACUUCCAGUCAUGCUUACACAGUAAAGCUUAGCAUUGUAAAGAUUAUGUUUAAAAUAUACGGGGUAAUUUAAACCUUAAUAACUAGGUAUAAAGGCGCGUGUAAUGAAACGCAAAAUAUCUCAUUCGAUGUCUCAGUAUAUUAAUAAAAAAGCAUAUUGUACUAUAGUUACCAUUCACAUAAUAUUGUAUUGUAUUAAUAUAUUUUUUAUACCUAGUUUGAUUCAGAAAAUUUACCUUACACAGAAAAAAUUACCCAAAAAAAUACAUACAUAUAAAAUAUGCAUUAUUACUUACCUAUAAAAUUUUAUUUUGUAAACUGAAAAAGAAAAAAUCAAAAAACUUGUUUUUAAAAGGUUUUUUUUUAAUUUCAGUUGUAUGUAUGUCUUAGAAUUUUGCAAUCAAUAUUUCACUCACUUCCACUGAAGCUAUUGGGCUGAAAUUUGACAUACAUGUUUGGUUCUUGUGAUUUCUAAUAAAUCACACUCGAGACCUUUGGGCUAAUAAUUAUUGUAUUUCACAUAAUAGAAAGUUGUCCUGUUUACAUUCAAUAAAA